CAUUUUUCGGAGACUGUGGAGUUGAUAACUCAACACUCAACUGUGGCUGUCACAGGGACACAGUCGUAGUGAACAUAACCUCCAGGAUUUAUUUACUCCAAAACGGAGGCAGGACACGAAUAAUUUCGUUCAAGUUAAUUGUGUGAAAGCCUCUGGUGAUUAUAAAAGUGAUUGUUCGAUCAAACCGAAGUGAAUAAAUAAGAUUUUGCAUUGAACAAUUCGUGGAAAUGAAUAUCCUGCCGAAAAAAAGAUGGCACGUAAGGACAAAAGAGAAUAUUGCUCGGGUUCGUCGAGACGAGGCACAAGCUGCGGAAGAGGAGAAAGAGCGGAAAGCGAGGGCUCAGAAAGCAGAGACUGAAGCAAGAAUAAAUCUACUGCGAGAGAAAUCCCGAAGGAAAUACGACGGAAGGGACAAGACAACAACUGAAAGUACCUCGAAAAACCCAGAAGUCCUCGAGCACGUGAAUUUUUUCAAAGACAUUGAGGAUGGAAAAAUCGACUACAACAAGCCAAAUGUGGAGCACGAGGCGGAGAAGAAGGAGGAGAGAGAGAAAUACGAGAAGCAGAUCGGUUACUUGACGUACCUGGGGCAGGACACGAACGAGGCAACUGGGAAAAAAAAUUGGUACGAGUUGCCUCGGAGAUUGACUGAUGCCGAGCCCUCGAAGGAAGUGCAAGAGAAGAAAAAAUCGUUGCACGAUCCCUUGGUGGAUGUCAGGAGAUAUCUGAGCAUCAUGGGAUGUUCCAGCUCUAGGGGUGACACUGGGGUCAGUUGUGAGGCCUCGAAAAAACGGAAAUUGGAGGCCGAUGGGAGCUCUGACGAGGGAACAUCGAAGAAGAAUAAGAAGCGCAGGAAGAAGUCGAAGAAGUGUAAAUAUGACAAGAGGGAGAAACCGGACGUUGAUCUUGAGAGGCUGAGGGCUAAGAGGUUGCUGAGGGAACAGUCGGAGAAACUCAAGACUGAAGCUCUUCUGGCGAAGGUGAGGGGCGAGCCUCUGCCUGUUGUCAAGAGCGAGGAGUCCAGACCCACCAUCAGACAGAAGUACAAUUCACAAUUUUGCCCGGAGAUUGCCAGGCAAAAUGCGGAGAGAACUCCUAGGCAUUAAUUGUUUGGAGAGUUCGGUUUAUGGGGAAUUCUGAUGUUUAAUUGGAGAUGUGGAAAGAAUUGUUGAUAGUUUGUUUAUUGUAUUUACA